AUGCAACUCAACUCAGAUGUGAACCCAACUGUUAAGAAUAUUGAUCAGGUAGAUUCAUGCAAGAUUACUUCAGUGAAGUUCUCCUGUGCAAAAGAAGUUGUGUCGCUUCAUUCACGGAAAAGUAUGGAAAUAGUUGUGAUACGGGAUUUCGAUAGAGAAAACUAUGUUGAGUUUAUGUAUGGAAAAACUAGAUUAGUAUUAGGGAAGAUGUUAUGUGUUGGUUAUGUUCUUGUUAAGGGGCUAGAAGAUCCCAUAAGGAGCAAGUAUAAACUUAUGCUAAGUUGUUCACUUAUUGUUACUUUUGUGAUUCCUCCUGAGUUACCAAUGGAAUUAUCAAUAGUUGUUAAUACUUCCCUGACUGCACUGGCACGGCAUGACAUUUUUUGCACAGAGCCUUUUCGAAUACCAUUUGUCAGAAAGGUUGAUAUAUGUUGUUUUGACAAGACAUGGACACUUACAUCUAAUGACAUGAUUCUGAAGCUGCGGUAG